AAGCCGAAUAUAGCCAUUAUGGCGGGCAAGUAUAGCUGUGGCCAAGUUACUUUGUCAUAUUGUUUCUCUAAUGUUUUACUUUCAUGCGCUGGCAUACGUAGCUCAGCUCCACUUCUAUGUUAUGGGCUGGGCGAAGGAGCAGGAGCCAGCAAUAACUGUGAAGCAACUGGUAUUGCAACCAGCAUCAUUCUACUCGGAUGCUCUGUGAAGUGAUUGUGAACACAUAUAAAGUCCGAAACUGGGCUCAUAGAGUCAUUACUCACUUCGAUAUAUUCAAAUAUAGUUAUCCCUUGGUAUGGAUAGAAAGUGUCUUAUGCUGAUCGAAA